AUGACGACGGGCCGACCGUCCCCGAAGUGUGUGCUGCUGCUGUUGACAGCCUGCGCCGUGGCUGCCGGCGACGACGGCGGCUUCCUCGAGCGAGGCUACCGCGCGCUCUACCGCGUCUACGAGGAGUGCCAGCACCGCAACGUACCGGUGUCGCCGUGCCUGAAGAAGAAAGCGAUAGCCUUCUUCGAGAGGCUCGGUCGUAUACAAACCUUGCCGCUCGGGGAUAACCUGGAGCUCGUGCGGCUGGCCGUCCCGACGGAGGAGAGCUCGCGCAGCGCCGACUUGGAGGCCACGUUGGCGCGCACGAACGGCGGCGCCGCCGACGAGAUCCUCAACGACGUUCUGUUCGAGCGCGUGGCCGCGCUCAUGAACAGCUUCAACGUGCGGAUCAGCCUGCCGAGGACGACGUCGGGCGAGCUGAAGCGCAGCGUCGAGGAGGGCCGCGGCAAGAUGAAGAAGAUGAUGGGCAUGAUGAUGAUGGGCAUGGCGAUGAAGCUGGCCGCCAUCGUGCCGAUCGCCUUGGGCGUGCUCUUCCUCUUGGCCGGCAAAGCUCUCAUCAUCAGCAAGAUCGCCCUGGUGCUGUCGCUCAUCAUCGGCCUGAAGAAGCUGCUCAGCCAGAAGCAGGGCGGCGACCACCAUCACGGCAGCUGGCAGCAAGGUGGCGGCGGUUGGGACAGGAGUCUGAAGGGAACCGGAGCACCGGCGAUCACGGAAGCCGAGCGCGAGUACGCUCAGACCUUGGCGUACAACGCGCGGCAGAAGCACUGA